GAUUUAUUACUUCAUUAGUUAAAUAGUAGUUAGGCGAUCUCGGCUAGCGACUUUAUCGAUAAGCAGUGGCGUACGUUAACUAAUCUCUACGCAAGAACAUAAUAUAAUUGAUAGAGCUAACUAUUUCCUUAUAAUAGGGUCGUUUUCGCGGCAGCCGACAUAUUGUGGCCUAGACCAUGUAUCGUGCUCGCUUGAUUCGUAAGUGAUAUGGGAAGACAGCUGUGUGAUAUCAUCUAUUUACGAACGCAACGCCUGUCCCGCAAUUUAGUCCACUGACAAUCGUUUUCAGUUGAUUGUGCCCGUGGACGGCAGUGGGGCUGAAUAACUUAAUCGAUAAUAGCUCGGGUAUAUAUGAUGCUACGACGGCGGAACGAUGAGAGCGCUCCAGAUAUUAAAGUUGUUCUGCUCGGAGAUAGUAACGUCGGAAAGACUGCGAUGAUCUAUUCCUAUACGCUGAAUAUCUUUCACAAGAAAAUUUCAAGUACUUGCAUGGACAGUUAUGAGGUCACGGUGAAUGUAAAGCAAAAAGAAACGAUAUUGGGAAUAUGCGAUACUGCUGGGAACGAGGAAUUUGAUACGCUACGUCAACUGGCGUAUCCCGGAUCGGAUGCAUUCAUCAUUUGCUUCUCGUUGGUAGACCGUUCAAGCUUCGAGCAUGUCUGCAGCUGGGUAAACGAGCUGAGGAUAUGGGAGCUACACUCCCCAGUAAUUUUGGUCGCCACGAAAAAGGACUUACGCGACGCGCAAAACAGCUCUAGCUCGGGCAGGUGUAUUAAUCCGUCAUUUAUUAGUUUCUCCGAAGGUCAACGGCUGGCCCACCAAAUCCAGGCUAUCAGAUACAUCGAAACAUCAGCGUACACCCAGGAAGGUAUCAAAGACGCUUUCGAUACCGCCAUCAUGAUCAAACUAAAUGGGGUUCUCAACGUUGAGAAACGCAAGAAGAAAUGUACGCUUUUAUAGUGUUGACGCUGGUGAUUCUGAUGAUUGAUUGUUCGAUGCAACGAGUGGUGGCGUUCGCGGAACCGCGCUCGAUUUGUUGGAAGGUGUUUUGCAGCUCAUUCCAUAAACUUUCGCUAAAAGUAAAACGCUUCUGCUCUGCUCCGAGUCAAUCGUGGAUGGUCUGUUAUAGUUCAGUUGUCUACUACGGCCCGUCGAACUGUUGUUGAGGUAGAGAUGCUGUGCCUCGGACGAGGAUACGAAGAAGAGGCACUGGCCGCUACACAGAAACUGCCAUAUAAUACCUUCACUGAUGCAAUACAACGUCCGAUUUGGCUCUUGGACUAUACUGAAGAGCGGGUAUUCAUUCACUGUCAGCGUGCCAUAGUGCAGAAUCGAGGAAACUUGAUACAUACAUUAACUAUCAAAGUUGAUUCGAACGGGCCAUUGCGAUUAGCAUUAUGUAAACGAUCGUCAUUCAGAGAACUUACAAGCAAUCCUGCCUAAUUUAUAAUUUAUCUAAAGUUAAUCAUCGAACUGACGUCCCGACUAAACAACGGCUAGGCCGCUAUCGUUUCUAUGUUCAUUGUAAAAAUGUAUGCCCAUUACCAUAUUCUUUUGCUCAAUUGAGUAGGCCGUCAGCCUUCAGCACAGCAUCAUCUAGAUAAACCAAUCGUGUUCCUCUUGCUUGAAAGCACCGGACGAUGCUCGAUUUUGCGCUGAAAAACAAGUUAAUCACAUCGAACUAAUAUGUUUGUCAUGAGGAAACAUAUAUUAAUCGAACUCGAAAGGACUUCAUUCAUCUGUUUGCUCUCAUCAUUGCGCUUUGUUUUCAACCUACCCAGUGUUGCGAGGUUACCAAUGUCAAGGUUCAUAUUGGGUAGCUUACGAACUACAAUAAACUACAAAGG